CUCUAUUCUAUCCCAGAAUUAGGUGGUGAUGUUGAGAGCAAUAUGGAACAGCCUCAAAGUAAAUCACCAGCUACUGAGAAGAGAGCUAUGAUCGAAAGCAAUGUAAAAUUGAUGGACCCUGAAAGUCUACCCUCCGGUCUUAGAAGAUGUGCAGCAGUAGAGAGCCACGUGCAAACGCAACUUCAAGGUCCAUCUCCAGUUGCUACUCAAAGUAACGUGCUACAGUUUCGGCGUCUAUCUCUAGUACCUUCAACGAGUUUUGCGAUUGAGAGUGACGUAGUGCAGGUAUCAUCUUCAAGCUAUUCUCUGAUUCCUGGCAUAAGUACUGCUACAAAUGGCGUUGUGCAGAUGCAAUUUAUUCCUGACAACAGUUCUACAAUUGAGAGCAAUAUAGUGCCAAUAGGAUCUCCAAGUCUAUCAAUGUUCCCUAGAACGAGUGACAGCAACCUGGUACAGAUACAGUUUCGAAGCAGUUUACCAUCCCCUGAAACAAACAAAAUACAGAUAACAGAGGAUAGAGGUACCAGAAGGAUAAAUCCUAAAAGAUGCAAGAAAAAACUAAAUUUCGAUAAAUGUUAUCUUGAUUGUGUGGACGAUGUGGAUACGUUAUUAUUAAAUGAAGCAUUUGUAUCAGAUGACUCAACAGAUUGGAGUGAAGAGGAAGAGUCAUCUGACGAGAUGGAAGAUGGAGAUCAACACACUAAAACUGCAAAAAGAAAUAAGAACAAGCAAGGCAAACAUAAAGACAAAAAUAAAACAAAAGCGUUGAUUAAAAAAGAAAAUGAAGAAGAAAAGGAAAAAGGGAAGUGCAAUUGAGCAGCCUUAAUAGUGCAAUGCCGAAAUCAAAUUUAUAUUUGACUAAGUUACCAAUAUCCCAACAAAAAUAUAAUGACUUAAAAAAAUUAGUAGAGAAAAAAGUGAUUCCAAAUAUUUACGCCAAAGAAUAUUUAGGUUUUAAGUACAGCUGUAAAACAAAUGACUGUUUACCUGAAACCGAUGAAGAUGACUGAAAAAAAAAUGUGAAUGAUUCGCGAUAGCAUAAUUUUAAUAUCAAUGGUUUAUUUACUUUUCCUUAAAUAUGCUUUUGAUUGAACACAAAGUCUUCAUGUUAAGUUUCAAUUAUAAUUGUAUUUUGUUAUAUCUUUCGUUCUAUAAAAUGAGGCAAAUUGGCACUAAGUUUCUGUUUUUUAGUUUUAAAUAAACAUUGUUUGAUUGGA